UGUUAGCUCAUCAUCUACCAAGAGUGUAUAAUAUCUUUUAAUAUAAUAAAAUAUACAAAUAAUUCAAAAUGGAAAACGAUAAAGGUCAACUCGUCGAACUUUAUAUCCCACGUAAAUGUUCUGCUACUAAUCGUAUCAUUAAAGCUAAAGAUCACUCUUCAGUUCAAAUCAACAUUGCUAAUGUUGAUGAAGAUGGACACAUUAUUCCAAACUCGAACACUACUUAUGCUUUAUGUGGUUUUAUCAGAGCCAAUGGUGAAGCUGAUGACUCAUUAAAUCGUUUAUGUCAAAGAGAUGGUUUAUUGAAGAAUGUUUGGUCUUACUCUCAUUAAUUUGUUUUUAGUAAUAAAUUUAUUUUUAAUAUAAACUUAAUUUAAUAAAAG